UGUCUGCAGCUGACUCAUUUUGAACCAUGGCAGAGUACAGCUCCCUGCUCAGCGACCUUUCUGAAAACAUUACCAAUGAGGACUUGGAGCAGCUCAAAUCAGCCUGCAAGGAGGACAUCCCCGAAGACCAGAGCAACAACAUCACCUCCUCGAAGGAGUGGUUCAGCUACCUGGAGAAGAAUGACAAGCUAGCCCAAGAUAACUUAUCGUACAUCGAGCACAUCUUCGAGAUUUCACGGCGGCCAGAUCUGCUGACGAGGGUGAUCGAAUACCGCACCACUGUGCUCAAGAUCUCCGAGGAUGACGAGAUCGACACAAAGCUGACGCGUAUCCCCUCUGCCAAGAAAUACAAAGACAUCAUCCGCCAGCCCUCUGAAGACGAGAUCAUCAAGUUGGCUCCUCCUCCUAAAAAAGUGUGAGGUCCCAGCCCUCGCCCUGAUCUUUGCACCUUCAAUCCAUUCAACCAACCGACCAUUUCUGACCAGCCCCAUUACUCCUUCCCCCUCACCCCCCAACAUAUCCAUCUGGCCACCCCCUUCCCCUCAGUAACGCAUGCCGUGACGCAGGCAGCCAAUGACCAAGCAGCCAGUUCGCUGCUACGCAUCCUAUCGGCGUCUCCCCGAGCUGAGUGGCGCUGCGGAGAAAAAAGAAGAAGAAAAAGAAAUGUGGAUCAACGGUGUGAAGAGACGCUGAAGCGUAGCCUGGAUGAUUAGACUCUGAAUGGGUCAGGCUGGAUUGUUCUGUGAGUCAACCUGUGAUGCUGUGAGUCUCGUGUGUACGUGCAUGCACAUCAAGUUAUUGUAGCUGAAACAAAGACCAAA